GAGCAAUGCCGCUUGGAGCGCUACCCACCUCUACGUGACCCCCUACCUUGUAGUCGUACCCACGCACCGCUUUCCUCCUGGCUCAACCAUACUGUGAAGACCUCCUGGAGACCGAUCAUCUCCCACAUCUCAACUCUUCCAACACUGCCUCCUCUAGACCAUUUUCCAAGGCUGGACUUCUAUACUUCACACAGGCACGGAUCAGGAGCCUUACAUGCAGGAAGACCCAGUCGACUGCCUCCAGAUCCGGGCACCUCGCUCCCAUGUCGUCAGUCUCCCACGCCUCGUGUUGGCAUAAAGGCCAGCAGCCAUGAACAACAACUCUCAGACCGGCCUUUACCAAUCUGCAAGCAGUAGCACUUCGACCCUACGGCCUCGCGCCCCUCGAUUGAUUUCAUACCUUGACGAUGAUUCGAACGACAUCGCCGCUAUCUCUACAUCCUCCUCCUCCACCCCACCACGUUUACCAAGCAGAGGCGCCUCUCCCAAUCCAAAUGCCUCGGUGAGCCGCUCAAAGUCUACAGAACAGUCCCGAAAUGCUCGCUUCAACAAUACACAUACGAGGUCCUCUUCAGGAUCGCAGACCUUAUCCGCAGGAGGACAAGGGAUAUGGGAGCCAUGGUCCUCGAUACAAGGGUUGGCCUCGACCUUGUUGGGAAACGAGACCCAGCGGUCCUCUGGGUCGAGAGCUAACGGUGCUACGAAGAAACCUCUAUGGAUGAAACAAGACAAAUCAUACGGAACCAAGGUCUCUACGCAAAAAUGGGGUCCCAGCCACGAGGCCCCGUCCAGCGCUGUGCAGGAAGCCAUCGAGGAGAGGAAGGCCAUGGUACAAGCGAAGAAAAGAGAAGCCUUGCUGCUACCAAGCGCAUCAGAAAACCGCGACAGCCUGGGAAGGUAUAAGAGGAGGGACUCGGACGCAGGGGCGUCUAGAUCUACACCGACUGAUUCGGCGGAAGACGCUCUUGUUUACCUUCAUGAAGUCCAGAAGGGGGACACUCUAGCUGGCGUUAUCAUCAAGUAUAAUUGUCAAGCUGAUCCUUUUCGGAAGAUUAACAGAUUCUGGCCGAACGACAACAUCCAGACAAGAACACAUGUUCUCGUACCGCUUGAAGGAUGUGCAGCAAGGGGCAAGAAAGUGGACAGUCCAUAUCUUACGAACGAUUUGUUUGAUUCUAGGCUGGAUAAUUUGACGACUCGGACAAGCUCGACCUCUCAAGGAAGCGAUUCAUUACCGCCAGAAGGCCUAACAAAUUCCACGGCGCCCUCCGUAUUCGCCUCAGAACCUUUGUCUCUAAUAACCUCUUCGUCCGAAGAAAUCGACUUUAAGCAUGACUCUUGGGUCGUGCUCCCUGGUAUCAAAGAUCCCGUCGAAAUACUGCGCGUCCCUCGACGCGCCUUGGGAUACUUCCCUCGCACGAGGCGGAAAUCAAACGCUACGACCACCGUGGCAUCGGCCACCUCUACGCCAAAAACGUCCUUUGACAUGCUCCGCCAUCCUCCGACGCACGCUGCCCAAGUUUCCUUGUCACUAAAUGCAUCGCCUGUGCGAUCUUCGAGAAUGAACGCUCGACCAAGCCUAGGCCGACAGCGCUCUUCUAGCGCAACACGUAACUCUUUCGUCGAAGCACUCCGCGGACCUGGCGGAGUCGGGACCCUGCGUGGUCUACGGACCGAAGCAUCGCGCCCUGGACCUGCAGAAGACACGCUCAACCGUCAAUUCGCGCAAUAUCUACCAGAUCUGCUUCCACCAGCGGACAUACCUCGCACGGGGCUCACUCUCAGACCCUCACCGCGGGCAACGCCACGCCCAAGUACAGAUUCAACCAGGAGUACUAGGUCGAACAGUUCCGGGCUUGGCGAGGUCGGUGGCGCAAUCGAAGGCUGGGUGCGGAAGAUGGCGGGCGUCAAGAGGGAAAGAGGUGCCGCCAUCGACAAGAUGGGUGACUUGAUCGAAUUGGAGACGAAUACUGAGCUUGACGGGAUGGGUAAUGGUGGCUCCAGUUCAUCGAGAGGGCCGGAGGACACAUCAGAUGUAUCAACGCCGACGGCAGGUCGAGCAGCGACAAGCGCAACGACUUCAUCCGCAACAACAACGCAAGAAGCGCUGCUGAACGAGCGAUUCCCGAUUCGAGGACGGGUGAGGAACGCAUAUAAUACUUCGAGUUCGAGCUCAGGAAAGGAUAAGGGCGACUAACGUCAAGCCGCCUGCCUUUGUGCGGGAAAUGCGCCAACAACGAAGGGUUUCGGUUGCGCAGACCGUGCCAGAGCUAUUUAUAUUGCAUACUGCUAGCUUCUUAUAUGGAGUAACUUCUGUUUCUGUUGUUUCGUUUUAGUUGCGAGG